AUAUCAGCAUUACUAGGAGCUAUCUAACAUGUUCACCGACACACAGCACUCGCCAUCCAAAGGUAAAGCAAAGGAUGUCCCAAAUUCACGCUGGGAAGCUGGCUGGUGGGAGUUCUAUCCUUUGGUAGAGCGUUUGCAAAGAUCAGUGGUGUGGACAAAAUCAUCUACACUAAUCACCUCUCAUCCUGUACAACCCCGCCUUAUAUCAAGACUCUUUUCCUCUUCGAAAGAAUACGCGAUCGUUACUCCUGAGCCGGUAGCCUCUUCGCCUUCCGCCUAUGACCCCCCAAAGAUCAUCACCGUUUCGCCAGAUGAUAUCUGGCUUUUUGCAUAUUUUCCUGGCCUUGAGUGCGAUGGAGUAGGCUGCCUAUGGAAAAGAGGCUAUCAAGUGGACAGCUGGGCCAUCAAGGAAUCUUGGAGUUUCCCCAGAGGUGCAGGAGUUAUAGAAGCUUCGUGGGUUGGAUCUGAGCGUGAAUGGAUCAUGACCGCAGAUGAUUCUAUUACCCGCUUACCAUCUCGCGGACCUCUUACUCCAGUAUCCGACCCCACAUUAAUGAUAGUUACGCAGGAACAACGACUCCAAGUUUACUAUCUACGCGACUAUGGCACGAAUCUUAAGGUCCUUAGUUGCUCCUUGGUACGGCCCGAUUCCGCCAACGAAAAUCAGAGUGCCGUUCCGGGCGAGACGAUACCAGGAACCGCCAGAGUCUGCGUUGGUGCUGCGAUAGGACAAUGUUAUAAUGGUCCAGAUCCAAACGAUGAUAUUGAGGACCCUGAUUUCCCUCUCUUUGACGCUCGAAACGGUAUGCCUCGCCCUCCUUCCCCGGAAUGGGAGUCAUCUGGUGAGGAGGCGGCUAUCGAACUGUGUGAAGUAAAAUUAAGUUUCGAUGGAACAAUUUUCAGCCUAAAAAGCAAACCUUUACCAUCUAUUCACUAUUCGACACGAAGUGUGAUCCAACUUACGUUCAUCUGCCCUCCUGCGCUAAAACCUCAAGCAUCCAACCCCUCAUUGCAAUCCCCCAAAAAAGACGGGAAGUCUCAGGAAAACACUUCUACGGAAUCAAACGUGAUGUAUUUGGUUGCGGGCUACUUGGAUUUUGGGAAAUACACCGAACCUCCCCAGUCUGAAAUGGUUCUACAUACCUUGACUCAUCAGAUGUCACCAUCUGUUGCCAAUCCUGGACAAAUGACCUGGUUAUCCAAACCCACCAGUCGCUCUUUUACUCCAGGCGUGAUGUCCUUUUUCACUCCUAUCAUCACUAAGACUGUCCCAAUCAAGGCUAUUAUAUAUGCUGGAGUUCUCGAUACGUCAGGUUAUAUAGCCAAUACAAAACCGAAACCAAAAUCAACGCCUAUUGGGAAAGUUAUCGUUUUGAAACUGCCCGAAUUGUCCGACGAUACAGAGUGGGAAAGCUCCGCGAUAUUAUCGUCGGUGGAACUCGCUGGCUCAGAGCUUCCCUUGAGUGUCACCACUUCUCCUAACGGAACACUGUUGGGUUCCAUGUCCGCGGUUGUACCAACCCAGACCAGUUUUCAUGCAUUGCCGAAACGUCAUUCCAAUCCCACUCUUGAUCCAGCGUCUCAUUUACCACUAAAGUCACUGUACACAUUACCUCUCGUGUCAGCUUUACUGGCCAGGAAGUCAACAGCAGAUAUUAGUUUCCUUCUGUCAAAUCCCUCAGUGAAAGCUGACUUGUUAGCUGAGACUUUAUACGGCGCAUUAUCUCUAUUCGAAACCAGCGUGCCCGGUGGAUUGACGAAUUCUUGGAUGUCGGAAGUCAUCGGUACUGCUGUGGAGAUUUACAGGUAUCUUUUCUUCACAGAGACUUAUAGGAGUAGAGCGUUGCGCUCCAGCAACAGCAAAGAUCGACAACACUUCAUGGAGCUCCAUCAAACAGCACUUGAAGCUUGCACUGUAGCAGCGUGUCUCGCAGCGUUUGAAGACUGUCAAGAAAAUGAUGCUUACGAUCUCGAGGCUGUCUGGCAGCUAGUGAGCCUGUCCAAUUGGAUCGUCGGACUCUUAGAGAGGCUGUUAAGAGAAUGCCUGACACUAGAUGGCUCCAUCGAGCCUAGUGAAUCGAAUAAUGAUGAUGGUCCAAAUGUUCCAGACGUUUCUUCCUCUGACUCUCAUGAGACGGCACUCCAUACUCCUAUCUUGCUGCAUCUCGCUCAUCCAUAUUUGCUAUCAAAUCUUCGCAAUGUAUUGUCUCAUAUCAACGCUUUUCGUGCGUUCCUGGGGACACUGACUGCACGAGGUGAAACUGCCCAGCUUGCAAGUGAUGUUUUAUUCGAUCUCGUCGAUAGCUCUGGCGUGGGCCUUCCUGAUUCAUCCAGCGCUAUCAAUAAGCCACACUUAUUUAUCAAGGCUUCGGAUCUGGUAGACGAACUAUCCAAAUUGUCCAAAUUGUCGAUAAGCGGACAAAAUACCAAGGAAAAGGAUAUAGACGUCAUUACUAAAGGGUUACUACUGAGACACGGCUCUGGGAUUACGUGCCUACGCUGUGGCGGUAGAUCUGAGGUGACCAGUGAAGUGAAUGCUGCUGGUAGGAUCUCUCGCAGAUGGAGGGCUUGGGAGAAGACGUGGCUGGCGCGGUGUAUUUGUGGAGGUUUAUGGGUUACUGGCAUGGAUUGAUCGAUGUAUACGCAGGAUGAAAGGCGCCCAUUCUUGCGUCGACUAUCUCUGUGACUUUGUUUCACGCAGUUCUGAUGGUAAUGUACGAUAGUCUCGACCUUUCAUAUUCCUGGUCCAAAAGUGAGAUGCAAUGUUAUAAUAUAGCCACAAAUACAAGACGUUGUACGAGUA